AUAUCCUUUCAGCGUCUGUCAAGUAUUUGAUAUGGAGAACUGUAAUUCCCCAUCAAAAAGCUUGGAAGAGAAUGUGGACCUUAUCAGCUUAUUCAUCUCUAUGCAGGCCGGCUUUAGAAGUGUAGCCAUUGAGAUUCACAACAAAACAAAGUCAAAAUCCCUUACACUUCCUCAGAUUUACUGUGAGAGCGGCAAGCUGUGUAUCCCCCCUGUGCCAUGCCUUUCACCAGGAGAACAGGAGGUGUGCCUUUUCACUAAGAAAACAGGAACCGCUUGUGGAAGUGUUGGGGUGAUCAGCUAUAAACUUGGUGGAAGUCGCAUAGCUGUACUUUUUUCCAACCCCUUUGAUUACAACAUAUAUGACAUGACGAUUGGCCUUUUGGUUGAUGACCAGGACAGCAAGACAAACUAUGAACAGUACCGGCAAAUGUACUAUAAGGAGAAGAACUCUUGUAGAUUUGUCAAAGCAGUGUGUGGCAAAGAGAUCCCCACAUUGUCACUGAAGAGUCACGGUGUCCAAAUCUCUGCCAACAUGUCGACGUGCCGCAAUGCAAUUCUGAAGCUGGUGAUAGAAGAUGAAAACUGAACUGUUUGAGAAAGUAGCUUAGAAAUCACUCCA